CCCGCCGAGGCCUGGAUGCUCCUCAAGGCCCGCAGCGCCGGCGGCCUGAGGCGCAUCCCGGGGACGGCGCCGCGGCCACGCAGGCCGUUUGCGGGAGGAAUCGGCGCGGCGCCGUCCCCGGGCGGGGUCGAUGCGCAUCCCUGGCGCUCCGCCCCGCCCCGCCCGGUGCCCGAGCGCGCCGGAGCCCCUGCCGGGGUCCCGCUGAGCCCCCUAAUCCGAGGGCGUUCUCCGGGCGGUGGUGCAUCGCCUGCCGGAUCCCCUGAGAGGUGGGGUGCAGAUUACCAGCUUGCCAGGCGAGCCCCUCGGAUCAUGAGGCCGGAUGAUGCCAACGUGGCUGGCAAUGUCCACGGUGGAACCAUCCUGAAGAUGAUCGAGGAGGCAGGGGCCAUCAUCAGCACCCGGCACUGUAACAGCCAGAAUGGGGAGCGCUGCGUGGCCGCCCUGGCCCGGGUCGAGCGCACCGACUUCCUGUCGCCCAUGUGCAUCGGGGAGGUGGCGCACGUCAGUGCGGAGAUCACCUAUACCUCCAAGCACUCUGUGGAAGUCCAGGUCAACGUGAUGUCUGAAAACAUCCUCACAGGAACUAAAAAGCUGACCAACAAAGCCACCCUGUGGUACGUGCCCCUGUCACUGAAGAACGUGGACAAGGUCCUGGAGGUGCCUCCAGUCGUGUAUUCCCGACAGGAGCAGGAGGAGGAGGGCCGGAAGCGGUACGAGGCCCAGAAGCUGGAGCGCAUGGAGACCAAGUGGAGAAACGGAGACAUCGUGCAGCCCGUCCCGAACCCAGAGCCGAACACGGUCAGCUACAGCCAGUCCAGCUUGAUCCACCUGGUGGGGCCUUCCGACUGCACCCUGCACGGCUUCGUGCACGGAGGUGUCACCAUGAAGCUCAUGGACGAGGUGGCUGGGAUCGUGGCCGCACGUCACUGCAAGACCAACAUAGUCACCGCUUCUGUGGACGCCAUUAACUUUCACGACAAGAUCAGAAAAGGGUACGUCAUCACCAUCUCCGGGCGCAUGACCUUCACGAGCAACAAGUCCAUGGAAAUCGAGGUGUUGGUGGACGCCGACCCCGUGGUGGACAACUCGCAGAAGCGCUACCGGGCAGCCAGCGCCUUCUUCACCUACGUGUCCCUGAGCCAGGAGGGCAAGUCGCUGCCCGUGCCCCAGCUCGUGCCCGAGACCGAGGACGAGAAGAAGCGCUUUGAGGAAGGCAAAGGGCGGUACCUGCAGAUGAAGGCAAAACGGCAGGGCCAGGCGGAGCCCCAGCCCUAGGCGACCCCUCCCGCGCCAGGUCUGCGGCGGCCCCGGUGUCUAGUCACUUAGAAUUUACCCCCUUGGCCAAAAACCCAAUCCACAUUGAGAGCUGGUGUUGUGUGAAGUGUUCGUCUUGCAGUGUUAACCUGUGCUCUCUCCUGAAAACCUACACACCAAAGCUUUAUUUAUACCACUCCAGUGUCGUCCCUCCCGCUGGAGGCACUCCCGAGGGGAUGCUCGCGUGCACGGUGUGUACGGAAUCCAGCGUCACUAAUAAAGCUGCUGUUUGACUGGA